UAGUGGCACCAAGACCACUUAGAGAUGAAUGAAUCUGCUACAGCCGUAGCUACCAGCCAGCUGGCUUUUGGCUCCUGCGGUAGAGGCUCUGGCGCUAAGCUUCAGAGGUCCCAGGUUCAAUCCCGCCCGCCGACAACUGGGGUCUGCCAGUGUUAUGCUGGGUUUGUGCCAGGCGCUGGGACGUUGAAGGCCGGCUUUGCGCUGGGCGCUGGGACGGGGGCGUUGCAGGCCGGGUUUGUGCUGGGCGCUGGAAUGGGGGCGUUGCAGGCCGGGUUCACACCAGGCGCUGGGAUGUCGCAGGCCGGCUUUGCGCUGGGCGCUGGGACGGGGGCGUUGCAGGCCGGGUUUGUGCUGGGCGCUGGAAUGGGGGCGUUGCAGGCCGGGUUCACACCAGGCGCUGGGACGUCGCAGGCCGGCUUUGUGCUGGGCGCUGGGAUGGGGGCGCUGCAGGUCGGGUUCACACCAGGCGCUGGGACGUCGCAGGCCGGCUUUGCGCAGGGUGCUGGGACGUCGCAGUCGCAGGCCGGCUUUGCGCUGGGAUGGGGGCGUUGUGGGCCCGGGUAGUGCUGGGAGCUGGCGGUGGCAGUCCCUCGGCUAGGGAGACGUAGCGCUCAGAGCCUUGCCCAGGGGAGGUGUCAGAAUCAGCAAUGGCCCAGCUGCAAACUGUCACCCCAAGGCGCCCAGCGCUCGCGGCCCAUCCCCUCACCGGGGUGGGGGAGGCAGGACCCUGCCCGGCCUGCGUGCGUGUGUGAAAUUGGGCGGAGGGGGUGGUAAUUUGGGCUGAGCCGCUGGGGUCGUGGCAGGGGGAGGCGUCUUCUCCCUCCUGGCCCUUGGGCUGCAGCCUGGGGGCCAGCUGGGUGCAGCGUUUCCGCAGCGCCUGCUGCCGGCGGGGUUUGCCUGAGGUUUCACGCCCAGGCUCCUGGCAAAGGCAGCAGGAAUUCCCCCCUCCCCGAGCUGCAGGCGCUUGUGGUUAAACCGAUCCGGUGCCGCAGCUGGGCGGCCCUCGCCUGCAGAGGAUGACUCAGGGCUCGAGCAGCAGCCGCUCCGGGGUCCCUGGCUCCGUCCCCCGGCUGUCGCUCAUCACUCGGGCAUUUCUGCUCGGAGCAGCAGCGUGCCAACCUGUGCCAGCCAGGCCCGCUGGCCGGGUCGGGCCAGGCCAGGGUUUUGCGGGGCCAGAUUUCAUAGCAGCGCAGCUCCCGGCUGGCUGCAUCGAAGGAGUUUUGUCUGCUGCCUUGGGAGCUUAAAUUCGGGCCUUUAACUGCUGGGCCUGGCCAGUCCUGACUCUGCACUGGGAUUUCAAACGGUCUCUGCUGCAGCACAGGGGAGCGCCUGAGGACAGCGGCAGCCAGGGCGCCAGCGUUCAGGGGGGCGUCUCAGCCCCAGCCGUGUCUUCCCAGCGGGGAGCCAGGACUCGGGUUCGGUUCCCGACUGGAGGCGGGAAGCAGGGGGUGAGAUUGUGCCCGAACUCCUGGGCUUCGGCUGAGUGUGCGCCAAGGUCCGGCCCGGGGUCCCUGGCAGUGUCAUGGAGUUAACGCCACCCCAACCCAGGGCUGGCGCUUCCAUUUAGGCGGCCUAGGCAAUUGCCUAGGGCACCAGGACUAUUGAGGGGCAGCGUUUUGCCGGGGGGGGUGGCAGGCGGCUCUGGUGGAGCUGCCGCAGUGCUGCCUGCGGACGGUCGGCUGC